GCAAGGUACAGAUCUGGGGUGCGCUCUGUGACGUGCCAGGCAGGGUACAGACCUGGGGUGCGCUAUUUGACGUGCCAGGCAGGGUACGGAUCUGGGGUGCGCUCUGUGAUGUGCCAGGCAGGGUACAGAUCUGGGGUGGGCUCUGUGAUGUGGUCAGGGGGAAAGAUCUGGGGUGCGCUCUGUGAUGUGCCAGGCAGGGUACAGAUCUGGGGUGGGCUCUGUGAUGUGCCAGGCAGGGUACAGAUCUGGGGUGGCUCUGUGAUGUGCCAGUCAGGGGAAACAUCUGGGGUGCGCUCUGUGAUGUGCCAGGCAGGGUACAGAUGGGGGGCGCUCUGUGAGGUGCCAGGAAGGGCACAGUGUACGGAUACACAGGCG